AUAGUAUCUCAGUCGGUUGGUAGGCGCGCACGCGUUUGCCGCCAAAAUCAAGUAAAUUUACGCGCGUAUAGUUACUUGUGUCUGUGGUUUCGUGAUCUGUGCAGUUCGUGGAUAAAAAAACCAAUCGGUAACUGCAACAGAGCAUGAGACCAACAUCGAACAAUUAAAAAUAUAUCAAACAAGCAAAGAUGGCGCCGCAGGAGCGAACUUCUUGUUGCGAGGACGAUUCCCGCCAAAAUGAGCCCAUGGACAAUCUGUCAAACAUCGAUUUGGGAUACGUCAACAAAGCUUUUUCAAAUGACAGCUCAGAUACAGAUAACGUAAAGAAGCAAGAGAAAGGCAAGGUGACAGAUUUCGACGAUUUAUUGCCAUAUAUCGGGGAAUUUGGACUAUACCAGAAAAUAUUGUUUCUGUUAAUGAUACCGUUUGCCUUUUUCGUUGCGUUCGUUUAUUUUUCGCAAAUAUUCAUGACGAUUGCGCCUGAACAGCAUUGGUGUUGGGUGCCGGAGCUGGCGAAUCUCACUGUGGAGGAGAGGCGCGCGCUAGCGAUACCCCCUAAAUCAAAUGGCCCAUACCCCCACGAUAGAUGUCACAUGUACAAGACGAAUUGGACCCAAGCUUUGGCCCAGGGGCGGACGACCCCAGACGACGAGUGGCCCAUCGUCCCCUGUACCACCUGGGAAUAUAAUAGAACCGACGUACCAUAUGAAACUAUCGCUUCUCAGUUGGACUGGGUCUGCGACAGAGAUAACCUACCAGCGACAGCGCAGGCUAUCUUCUUCUGCGGAGCCAUUGUUGGCGGGCUGGUCUUUGGCUGGAUAGCCGAUAAAUAUGGUCGUAUACCAGCUCUGGUUGGCACAAACAUGAUGGGUUUCGCAGCUGGAGUGGGAACCGCCUUCACCAACAGCUUCUGGUCCUUCGCCCUCUGCCGGUUCCUCGUAGGCCUGGCGUUCGAUAACUGUUUCACCAUGAUGUACAUUUUGGUUCUGGAAUAUGUCGGCCCAAAAUGGCGGACGUUCGUGGCUAACAUGUCGAUAGCCAUAUUCUUCACGCUGGGCGCGUCGCUUCUGCCGUGGCUGGCGCUGUGGGCGGCGAGCUGGCGGCGCUUCGCCCUCGGCACCAGCCUGCCGUUCGUGCUCGCUGCCGCCACGCCCUGGCUGGUCCCGGAGAGCGCUAGAUGGCUCUUAUCACAAGGUAAAAUAGACAAAGCCCUGGUUAUAUUGAAGAAAUUCGAGAGAAUCAACAAAAAGCAGAUACCGGAUAAAGUUCUUAGUGAAUUUACGGAAGCAUCCCACAACGCAAUCAAACAAUCACAAGCCCAAAAGACCUAUUCAGUCCUGGACAUCUUCCGGACCCCCCGGCUGAGAAGGAACGCGAUCCUGCUCAUCAUCAUCUGGAUGGCGAUAUCCCUGGUCUUCGACGGCCACGUCAGGAACGUCGGGUCUUUGGGGCUGGACAUCUUCAUAACCUUCACCAUUGCCACCGCUACGGAGUUCCCUGCUGAUACUUUCCUCACGGUUGUGCUAGAUCGAUGGGGCAGAAGGUGGUUGGCCUGUGGCUCUAUGGUCAUCAGCGGUCUUUUCAGUCUACUUGCUACUGCUGUGCCGAUUGGAGGCCCGUCAGCCGCGCUGGCCAUCCUGGGCCGGUUCGCGGUCAAUGUUUCGUACAACAUCGGGCUGCAGUACGCGGCGGAGCUGCUGCCCACGGUGGUGCGCGCGCAGGGCGUCGCGCUGAUACACAUCAUGGGCUACGUGGCAUCCAUCCUAGCGCCCUUCGUCGUCUACCUGGCGAACAUAUCUCCAGAGUUGCCUCUGCUAAUACUUGGGGUGCUUGGUAUCGUGGGAGGCGUGCUGUGCCUGUUGCUGCCCGAGACGAUGGACACUGAGAUGCCGCAGACCCUGGCUGAUGGAGAGGCUUUCGGAAUGGACCAGAGGUUCUGGGAUAAUCCAUGCUUCCCUAGGAAAAAGGAAGUACAACAGCAAAGGAUAGAAGACUCGCCGGUACAAGAGAACUUCGUGCGGGCCCUCCCAGGGAUCGGUUCUAGGGCCUCUGUUAGAGCUUCUAUACGAUUAUCGUCUAGGUCCAGUAGAAGAAGAAAUGACGAUGUGUAGUGAAGCGGGACGAAUUGUAAAUAAUAUUUAUUUAUUUGGAAUUAUUGGAACUGAGGCUUGUUGGAUUAAAAUAAGGAAAGACUAACAAUUGUGAAUUUUCUUUGAAUUGUAUGGAAGUGGCUGUGGUACCGGGUAUUUAUGGCCGACAUCUUGCUUAUAGUUUAGUUUCUCCUUUGUUAAAAUCCAGUUUAUAGUAUUAUGUUACCUGUGUUCUCAAAUAGAGUAGCUAAGAUUCUAAAGCCCUAGAUAGUAUGUAUGAAAUAAUGAAUUGUACGGUAGUUUACAUUAAAUUGCCCACCAUCCAGACCAUUCAAAGCUUUUAGUAAAUACACGUUACCAUCCAUCAACGCCAUUUGUUAUGGAUAUAUGCCAGUUGUUUUGUGUACGUAUUUAAUUCGUUAAUUCUUAGUUCCAUGGUUGUUUGAAAAUUGCCUAACUUACCAACAAUAUUGGUAAGAGAAAUUGUCUGUGAUAUUAUUAUUAUAUUUUUCGAAGUGAA